AUGGACGCGCGCGCGUUGCGAGCGCAGAAGACGCAGAGAGGUUCGACAUCCUCGAGCCGACGCGCGGUGCGCGUCGUCGCCAAGGAUUACCCGAAACCGGAUAACAUCGAUAAGACGGAGAACUAUCGCAUCGCGGGUGAUUUGUCCAAGCGAUUCGCGAGCGAUCUGCGGGUGCGCGAUGGGGAGAAGAAGAAGGUGGCGAUCGUCGGCGGCGGGUUAUCCGGCUUGGCGUGCGCGAAGUAUCUCGCCGAGGCUGGGCACGAACCGAUCGUGCUCGAGGCGAGGGACGUGCUCGGGGGGAAGGUGAGCGCGUGGAAGGACAAGGAUGGGGACUGGAUCGAGACUGGGUUGCACAUUUUCUUUGGCGCGUAUCCGAACAUGAUGAACCUGUUCGCCGAGUUGGACAUCGAGGACCGUUUGCAGUGGAAGGUACACAAGAUGAUCUUCGCCAUGCAGGAGCUACCGGGGGAGUUCACGUCGUUUGAUUUCAUCAAGGGCAUCCCGGCGCCGCUCAACUUUGGCCUGGCAAUUUUGUUGAACCAAAAGAUGUUGACGCUUCCGGAGAAGCUUCAGACGGCGCCGCCGCUAUUGCCGAUGCUCAUUGAGGGUCAGGAUUUCAUCGAUAAGCAAGACGAGCUCAGCGUACAGCAGUUCAUGCGUAAGUACGGCAUGCCCGAGCGCAUCAACGAGGAGGUUUUCAUCUCUAUGGCCAAGGCUUUGGAUUUCAUUGAUCCGGACAAGCUCUCGAUGACUGUCGUGCUCACGGCGAUGAACCGCUUCUUGAACGAGACGGACGGUUUGCAAAUGGCUUUCCUCGACGGCAACCAACCCGACCGCCUUUGCGCGCCGAUGGUUGAAUCCAUCACGAAGAAUGGGGGCUCGGUCAUGACGAAGCAACGCCUCAAGGAGUUCGUGCUCAACGAAGACGGUUCUGUCAAGCACCUCGCGAUGGCCAACGGCGACAUCGUGGAGGCUGACGAAUACAUCUCCGCCAUGCCGGUCGACGUCAUGAAGCGCAUGAUGCCGAAGAAGUGGGGUGAGAUCCCACACUUUGCCCAGCUCAAGGAACUCGAGGGUAUCCCGGUGAUUAACAUUCACCUUUGGUUCGAUCGCAAGCUCAAGAAUGUCGAUCACCUCUGCUUCUCCCGCUCGCCGCUGCUCUCGGUGUACGCCGACAUGAGCACGACGUGCAAGGAAUACUAUGACGAAGAAAAGUCCAUGCUUGAACUUGUCUUCGCUCCGUGCUCGCCGAUCGCGGGCGGUAAGACGAACUGGAUCGCAAAGAGCAAUCAAGAAAUCGUUGACGCGACGAUGCUCGAGCUUGAACGUUUGUUCCCGCUCGAAAUCGGUCCCAAGUCUCCGGACGGUGUCGGUGCGAGACUGCUCAAGCACGCCGUCGUUAAGACUCCGCGAUCUGUGUACGCGGCAAUCCCAGGUCGUAACAAGUUCCGUCCGUCUCAGGAGACGCCCAUCAAGAACUUCACUCUUGCGGGCGACUACACGUCGCAGAAAUUCUUGGGGUCCAUGGAAGGCGCUGUGUUGGCUGGUAAGCUCGCCGCGGAAGUCGUAGCAUCGCGGGCGAAGGGUAAGGCCACGCAAGGUUUGAAGCCGGUGCAACAGUCCAUCAUCAACGCGAUCGGCCCUGUUAGCGAACCAGUCGGCGUCAUCGGCGACACCGAGUUUGCGUUCGGCGGUGGUAAGGUUAUGGAAGUGGCGGACGAGGCCGAACUCGAGAAGUUCGACGCCGAGCAAUUAGUUAAGCUCGACGGCUGGACUGGCUCGAAGGAGAAGGCGGCGCGCGCGCGAUAA